CAAACGGAGUCACCUCCCAUCCUGACGAGCACCUCCCUCCCUCCUUCAAAGCUCAGAUGGAAACAGCAACAGUCUGGUGUAGUUUCCCUGAGAGGCAGGAACCUUCCGGUUGGGAUUCAUUUCCAGGCGACGGGGAUCAUGUAGAAAUGUGGCAGUAUAAAACUUUUGACUUUAUUUUAAUCCUGGCUUUGAUGCGUCCAUGGAUUCUGACGCGGGACGAGGUGAUGGGAUCUACACGGUGCUUUGAAGAGCAAGGAUGUUUAUGUGAUGGUGGAACGUCUGGCUGGAGUCAUGGAGACUGAGCUGAACUGCAGCUCCCGCUGCGAGUCCCCACUUUGCAACAUCCAGCUGGAGGUCAGCAGGCAGGAGGGGCUGGACAUUCUGCAGAGACUAUGCAGCUUAAUCAAGACAGACUGGGAGCCCCAGCGGCGUUCCCUUUCUCCGGUUCUGACCGCGGUGAUGUGGACUCUGUUCUCCUGCGGCAUCUUCCUGGCGUUCUGCUUCCUCUUCUUCACCGUGCGCUUCCGAAAUAACAGGAUAGUGAAGAUGUCCAGUCCAAACCUCAACGUGCUGACUCUCUGUGGAAGUGUCCUCGCUUACAUCAGCGGGUUCCUGUUUGCUGUGGAAGACCGCUCCCAUGGAGGAGCAUCUUGGUCUGUGCUGCAAGCCCGGAUUUGGACGCUUUGCCUCGGGAGCACGUUGGUGUUUGGGCCGAUUCUGGGGAAGACGUGGAGGUUGUACAGAGUGUUCACGCAAAGAGUUCCAGACAAGAGAGUGAUCAUCCGGGACAUUCAGCUGAUUGGGAUGGUGUUUCUGCUGCUGAUGGUGGAUGUGAUAGUUCUUACCGGCUGGAAUUUCACUGAUCCUGUGAGGUGUUCCCGGUCAGUGACUGCAGUUACAACGGUAAUACAGGGAGAUGUUUCCUCGUCUUUAUCUCAGUUGGACACGUGUUCCUCUGUGUAUUCAGAAGUGUGGAUCAUCAUUAUUGCUGUGCAGAAGGGUUGUCUCCUUCUUUACGGCACUUAUCUGGCUGGACUGACCAGCAACGUCAGCCAUCCUCCGGUCAAUCAGUCUCCCACCAUCAUAACAGCCGUCACCCUGGUCACCCUCUCCUCUGCCGUAGCCGUCCCGGUGUCCACCUACCUGCAGGCCUGGCCCAACCUGGUCUACGCCAUAAUAGCUGGAGCCAUUUUCAUCAGCACUUUGGCCACAAACUGCAUGCUGUUUGUGCCUCAGCUUACCCAGUGUCGACAGUUUGAGGAGGAUCAGAACAACCCGAGUCAGAUGGCCAAGUAUUUCAGCAGCCCCAGUAAGAGCCAGCCGUCUAUGUACAGCCAUGAUGAGAUCUACUACCUGCUGGGAGAGAACGACUCCAUGAAGAAACUGCUGAGUGAGAAAAAUGUCGUCAUUGAAAGCCUUCAGGAGCAGGUUAACAGCGCCAAAGACAAACUCCUUUGGCUUAUGACGGAGAGCCGACCCCCCAGAGAACGGGUCAUGGACCGUUCUGACACCAACCUCAACUCGUCCUCCACUCAGACCAUGGGGCUCCAGUCUGAGGACCCUUCUUCCUCUUUGUCACAACUUGACAUGAAAUCCAGACUGUCUUCCUGUCAUGUGACCCCCGCUCCUGUUUUACCUGUAAGGGAAUUCUACGAGACUUCCUCUGCUCCAAACUCCCUGGUGUCAGUUUCCUCUCCUCUUCCUGAGGAUGCUUCCUCCUGUGAGGUUCCGACAGACGUCUCAAAGUCAAACACAAGGCUAAAGGAGUCCACAGUGGGGGAUGAUCUGACGUCCCUCACAUUUCCCGCCAGGACUGCGGAGGAGGCAGUCCACUUUGUCACCUCCCUGCAAACCCAAAGACGUCUGAACCCCCUGCAGGGGGACUCACUCCUCGGCCCCGGUGGGCUAACUUUACAGACAAAACCAGCCGGGUUUGUGAGCAGUGAGCAGCUGAAGGAGAUCCUGCAGGAGCUGAGUGUGGACGCGAUCAUGGAGACCACGCUCCGAUCUCCUGGUUUAUCACCCAGGACCCCUUCCCUGCUGAAACUCAACACACAGUCCCCCCUGUCCCUGCAGACACCCCAGGCCCCACAUCCACCCGUCCUGUUCUGCUACCCCAGCAUCUCCCCCAGCAUGAUGAGAAAGCGUCGGCCGCCUUUUCACUCCAGCAGAAGAGGUUUGGCCCCUCCGUGUCUCUACAAGGGCCCACAAGCCCCCAGCUGCAGAAAGACUAAAGUCCACUAUGACCUCCCGUCUCCAGAAGGUCACGCUGUGACUGACGGGGUUUUCCAUGAUCCGUGCAGCGACCCGGAAGUAGAAAGAGACGAGGAGGAUGAGGAGGGGGCGAAAUGCAGAAGAUGUGUCUUAAAAUUUCACUCGUGUCCGGGGCAGAACCUUCCAGCUCCAGCGGACACGGAGGAGACCGCCAACCGCAAGCAGCUCCGCAAAAACAUCCGAGACUCCAGCGGAUACUGGGACUCCGACUCCAGCAGCUCCACGGAUUACUGCUACUAUCACCGGCCUUACUGCGACUCCUGCAUGCAGAGAGGCUCGCUGCUCUCAGACAGCUCCUCAGACUCCUCUGACAGCGAGUUUGACGACUACAUCAGCCUCUGCCCGUCCGCGCGGCCCGUGGUGUUCAAGGAAGACCUCAAACCCACUUUUGUGUGAAAAACUGCACUUUACAUUCCAUAUUUAUCCAUUAACAGCACUUGAAUACAGAUUUCUCAAAGAUAAAUGACAAGAGGGCUGACAUGUUUUCUUUUUAAAUAUGAGAAGAAACAACUUCUUGAUUUUAAUUUGAAAAACCAACAUUUAUAAAAAGUUCGGACCAUUUUACUGUCAUUUUCCAAUUUUUACCAACAA